AUGGACAUAAAAGCCAUAACUAACAACUUGGACAAAGGAUCGGACUGCCUUGUUUCUAGUUUCACAGGCCGGGGCCUGGCCGCGUUCAUCGACGGCAAGGUGGAGCUGUACCUCGACUGUUCGCGAAACGAUGGCAACAUUUCCUUUGCCAGCAAAACGAUGCUCGUGCCAUGUCCCUCAAUCGGUUCGCCAAUAACGUGGAUCUCUACCUCGCCCAAUGGUUCCCAAAUUGCCCUCAUCGGCAAGAAUGAUAUCUGGAUCGUGCGGGUUAGCCCUCAAGUCUGGGCCACAUCGGCGUUGAUUGGAAGCUCGCGCUUUAUGCAGGAGAGCUAUCUAUCAGAAACGAUUCGCGUCGGUCCGAAGGAGUCUUUCCCAAGCAUCGUCGGGAAUGCCGUCAAAUGGCUGCCCACUUCCGACUCUUCCAAAACACAAUACAUCGCCAUUUUGGCCAGGGAUCGGAUUAGGAUCUACAACGUUGACGAGUCGAACGAUUGCCCGCUGUUCGAUAUCGAGUACGACGGGCUGUUGCCGAACGAUCGGACGAUGGUCAAGGGCGAAUCGACCUACGGGCUUUCGGUGCGGAUAGCAGCCUAUUGCUUCUUGAACCAGGCCGGCCUCUACUAUCUGCUCGCCGUCGAUUCCGAGGGCAACAUCAGCGCCUGUGAUUUUGACGUGAUUACGGGCGCUAUAACGGACCCGAUCCCUGUCAAGACACCGGAAGCGAUCCCUUGUGAGGCCGUCGACUUCUACCAUAUUGAGCACGCCAACUCGGCGCUUUUCGACGUGGUCGGGCUGAUCGGCAGCGGCUUUUCACUCGUUCAUUUAGUCGCCUUUGUCAACGAUGAUGGAUACGUUGAGCUUUAUCUGCAAGAUCAACACCGUCUGUCGUCUGAUUCACCGGGCGAUGAACCGGCCGUCGCCGCCGAUCUCCUCCAGAACGGCACUUAUUUGAUCUCAACCUCGUCCGCUCUUCUCUACGUGAAUUGUCUGCCGUGGAUUGCCCACUAUCUGGAUGCGGCCUCGUCGAGUGGAGAUCAAACGUCGUUCUCCGAGAUUCUGCGCGUGCAGCCGGACACUGAGAAUAAGGAAAACGGCAUCUCUACUCGCACCUCAUCUGCCCCUCCACUCAUCAUCCACACCCGCAGCUUCGACGGCUCGGUCUCCCCGAAUGGUCUCCUCCUCAUCCACGCAUCACCCGAUCUGCCCACUGCUUUUAUUAGUCAUCAACUCCCCGCCGCGCCGAUCGCCACCGCGCCUGACACCCAAUUCCUCGAGCCGAACCCGCGGGCUGACAAAUUCCACCUGGAGAUUGAAACGAUCCUGUCGAAGGUCGAGCCGCUCACAAGACCCAUUCCCCUCCAAAACGAGGAGGACAUCAUCGCCCAGCUCACCCGACUGCUCGCCAACGGGACGGCCAAUUGUGAGAAGCAGAGUGAGGCUGCGCGUGCCGCUCUCGCCCACGUGCGCGGCAUCUACGAUUCGCUGAAGGGCGCCGUGAAGGAGCAUCAGGACCUAACGACUCGCCAGAAUGCGGUAGUUGCCCAGAUGACGGACAACUCGGACAAGCUGUGUGAGGCAAAGUCUCGAAUCUUGUCCGCUGAGGAUCGGCUGAAUCGGAUAUUUACAACGGCUUGCGCAAAUCUGCCGCUUUCCGAAGACGAACAGAAGAUCCUGCAACGACUGCAGGCUUACAAGAAGGAUGUGGAAAGGAUGGAGGUCGCCCUUGCUAAGAAAACCCUCGAAUUGGCGAUGGAAGGGAAAAAGCGACUGCCGCCGACCCGUUCGUUCGUCUCGACACCACAGGGACGCCAAGCGAAUACGCAGAGAUGUGUCCGUGAAGUGGAAUGUCUGGUGGAACGGAUGGAUGGGCUGAAGAGUCGUGCCGAUGCCCUCGCCAAUAAUUCAUUU